AUGCGUGUUGUCGACGCGCAACAACAACGCGAACCGGCGUCGCGAGAAUCCAUCGAGAAAUUUUUCGAAGCAUUCGACGAGGGAGAAGAAGAAGUAACGACGACGACUGAUGACGGCGACGCGGGCGGUGAAGGGGACGGAGGAAAAGGAGGAGGAGGAGGGUUUCAGUCGUUUCAAUCGCUGGAGAACUUGGUCAAGCUGGCGCAAAAAGUCGCGGACGAGUCGUCGGAAUAUUAUUACGACGAGAAAGAAAUGACCAGUCGAGCGAGCGAUGGGAAAAGCGGUUCAUUCGUGGACGUUUCCGACGACGAUUUGGACGAGUUUGACUUCUCGGACGAUUUCGAAAGCGAACGAGGACGAGGAGGAGGAGGAGGAGAGGAACGAUUCGGGGAAGAGGAGGAGAAAAAAUUGUUGUGGGAAUCCAUCAGUCAAUCCGGGGUGAUUACGAACGAGUGCGGGUACGGGGAAUCGAAGGAGAACAGUUUGUGCUUUAAAAUCGACGAGGCGAGCGGACGAAGCGAUGGAGUGUCGAGGCAGGUAACGACGGUACCGGUGAACGUCAUCGGCGGCGCGCUGGUUCGAUUCGAAAUUGCUAUUGACACGUUGUCCUCAAACGAUGGCGAUGAAUAUGGAGGUAGCGGUACUAGAGAGUCAAGAAGUAGAGGUAAUAGUAGGAUUGUGUUAGAGGCGAAACCGUUGGGGAAGCCAUGGAGAGUUUUAGAGAGUUACGACUCGGAAACGUACGCGAUAUCCGGAGCGUCUUCGGCGGAUGAUGAAACGAUCAGCGAAAAGAACGUAAACGUGAACUCGUUGGCGAGUUUUGACGCUCGAGCGAACGAGUUUGGGUUCAUCGGGUACAGAGUAGAAGUACCGAAGAGCGCGGAGUCGUCGGCAACCAAGUUUCGAUGGAGACAGGUGAACGAUAACUUGGAGGAGGAAGAGAAUAGCACCAACGACAACAACAACAACAACAACAACAACAUUAGAAAUUGGGCCAUCGACGAUGUUAUCAUCGAGCGAAUCGCCAUCGCGCCGCACGCGCUGAUUGCCGCCGUGAAAACGAAGCGAAAAUCAAAGUCAAAGUUUUCGAGAGACGAACAUUUGGAUAACGUAUAUUUAUCGAUCAGUUUCUCGAAAUCGGUGUAUGGAUUCGACGCGAACGGUUUAAAAGUUGGCAACGGAACCGUUUUAGCGCUUUCGCAAGCGAGGACGUUCACCGGUACCGAUAGGUCGAUAUCGUCUUCGCACUUUGUGGCGACGGUGCAACCUAUCGUACCCAACGACGGCGACUGGGUUGGUCCGUUUGCAGUUUCCAUACAAAUACCCGGUGGCGUGUGUACGAAUGCGGACGGGAGAGCGAACGUGGCUUCGAAUACGCUGAAAUUAAGGCGCGUUUCCGCGGUGACGAACAAGUUAAAAGAGAAAAUGCUAGAAGUAGUAGAAGAAGAUGAUGAUGCUGAAGAGGGAGAAGAAGAAGACGUGACGUUAUCCAUCGGGGCGUUGAAAAAGAAACGUCGAACGAAAGAGUCACAGUUUGGCGAUGAGAACGAGAUCAAGAAAAAGCGAGUCUCGUUCGAGGAAAUCACGCUCGGUCCUCGUCCGGGACCGAAAGAUUCGAGAUGGGCUGCCGUCGUCGCGGAAGAAACUGAACUGAACACAUCAGCAACGUUCGAUAAAACGUUUGUGGUCGUUUUAGACGAUGAUACGAUGCAUUUACAUAACCCAGACUUGGCUAAAGAUUCGAGUGCUUGGAAAGACGAUCCGAGUAAAGUUGGCGAACGAGUCGAAAUCGCGCAAGAAAUUCACGGACGAAUGAAACGCUCAAAACGGAAACCCAGUCGAGAAGCGUUCGAUAAGAUGGAAGAUGAAAUCGUGACUUUGAAGAAAGUGCAAGAGCGGGCAUUAAGAAGAUGGAAAGAUGCCGAUUCAGGUGGGUUCAAUCGAGACGUUGGGAGUUAUACGGAUGCGAAAGAAAAGACGCAGCAAUCUCUCUCGCCGUUUGCGAAAGAAAUCAAAGAGGAAGAAAUGAUUGAGGAUAUGUUAGGGUUAUCAAAAGACGCUAAAGGUGACGAAGAGUUAAAGAAAAAAGUGCGCACCGAUAGCAUCAACGAAGUGAACCUAAAAGAUGAAGAAGAUGAUUACGACGACGAUACGUUUGCGAGCGGGGAGAUUUCUCCGGAGGAAGAGGAAGAGGAAGACACGACUCUGGCGGAUUUGAAGAGAGAUUUGGAAGAGAGCGAGCGGUUGCACAAAGAGUUGGCGAGCGAAGUAGAAAAGAGUCACAAAAUGCGUGAAGAACUCGAUUCGGAAUUAGAAGAACUUCGAAGUCUCGAAAAGGAGAAGAAGAGGAAGAAAUACGAUAGCGAUAGCGGCGGCGGCGGCAGUGAUAGUGGUAUUGAGGAUGAAGAUGGAUUUUUGCAAGGCGAAGGACACUCAACGAUUGAUGGUCAAAGCGUAGAGUUUCGAGAAGAGAAGGAAGAACAAGAUAAUGAUUUAGCGACUAUCGAACGGCUUGCACACGAAAUGAGCGACAUGUUCGAGGAGGAAAAGGAAGUCGAGGAACUCGUGAAAAAGUCACGAGGCGACGAAGCGCCUGAGAAGGAAGAAGGCAUGUCGCGCGAUAUAAACGCGGACGCUGAAGCAAUCAAAGAAGAGGCACGAAUCAUUCGCGAAGAGCUCAAGGCGGAAAAGGAACUUCUGAAUAAGGAAAGGGAGAUGAAAGCAAAGUUUGACGAAGAGUUGCUCAAAUUGAAAACGGCGCAAGAGGUUGAAGUGCUCGCGAGCGACGAGGAUGACGAUGAUCUUGAGUAA